CGGCGUGGGGUGGGGCGGGCCUGGCCUGAGGGACCGCUCCGGGGCUUGGUGGCCCUUCUGUCCCCUUGGCCGUCCCUGUCUCUCCCUUUCCUGGGAUAGCGUCCGGAAUGCAGACUUCAGAUCGGGAGCUGAGUGGGCCGGAGGCGAGCCCCAGCGGGAUGCCUGAGGUUCUCUCUGAGUGUUCACCUGCCCCUACCAAGUCAGCAGCGUUUGAUCUCUUCAACCUGGUCCUGUCCUACAAGAGGCUGGAGAUCUACCUGGAACCCCUGAAGGAUGCAGGGGACGGUGUUCGAUACUUGCUAAGGUGGCAGAUGCCUUUGUGUUCCUUGCUGACUUGCCUGGGCCUCAACAUCUUGUUCCUCACUUUGAAUGAGGGUGCAUGGUACUCCAUGGGUGCCUUGAUGAUUUCGGUGCCUGCCCUACUGGGCUACCUUCAGGAGGUGUGCCGGGGACAACUGCCAGAGUCGGAGCUGAUGCGGAGGAAAUACCACAGCAUAAGGCAGGAAGACCUGCAGAGAGUUCGCCUUUCCCGAGUGCACCUUUCCCGCCCUGAGGCUGUUGCUGAGGUGAAGAGCUUCUUGAUCCAACUGGAAGCCUUCUUGGCCCGCCUGUGUUAUACCUGUGAGUCAGCCUACCGUGUACUUCACUGGGAGAACCCCGUGGUGUCCUCACAGUUCUAUGGCGCUCUUCUGGGCAUGGUGUGCAUGCUCUACCUGCUGCCGCUCUGCUGGGUCCUCGCCCUGUUAAAUAGCACACUCUUUCUGGGAAAUGGGGACUUCUUCCGAGUGGUGUGUGAGUACAGGGCCUGUCUGCAGAGGCGGAUGAACCCCCAGCAGGAAGAGUGUGCCUGUGAGAGCUCAGCACUACAGGGGGCCGGAGGGAGGGGCCUGCUGGACAGCUCACCUGCCCCUACACCCACGGAGGACCUCACGCCAGGCAGUGUGGAGGAAGCUGAGGAGGCUGAGCCAGAUGAGGAGUUCAAAGAUGCAAUUGAGGAGACCCACCUGGUGGUGCUGGAGGAUGAAGAGGGCACCCCGUGCCCAGCAGAGGAUGAGCUGACCCUGCAGGACAAUGGAUUCCUCAGCAAGAAUGAGGUGCUGCGCAGUAAGGUGUCCCGGCUUACGGAGCGGCUCCGCAAGCGUUACCCAACCAAUAACUUCGGGAACUGUGCAGGCUGUGCCGCCACCUUCUCCGUGCUGAAGAAGAGGCGGAGCUGCAGCAACUGUGGGAACAGCUUCUGCUCGCGGUGCUGCUCCUUCAAGGUGCCCAGGUCCUCUAUGGGAGCCACAGCUCCUGAAGCCCAGAGAGAGACUGUGUGUGUGUGCGCCUCCUGCAAUCAGACCCUGAGCAAAUGAGGAGAGAAGCCAGGCUCCAACUGUCCUGGGGCCAGCAGUGACCCUACUGUCCCAACUCUGGGCCUCUGAGGCCUGUGCUGGGCAAAUGUAACCUGACAGCUAGGUCCUUCCUGCCCUUCUCCUGCUGCCUCCAGCUGGGCUGGUGAUGCUCUAAGGCCCAGGGGGAGAGGAGCCCCUUGGGUCCUGGCUCUUGGUUCUGCUCUAUCCUAUACCCUGUUAACUCAGGGCUAGCGAGGGAGUGUCCACCAGAGGGCAGAAUUGAGCACAGCCUGCUCUCAUCUGGGCUCUGGUCGUCAAGGUCAGGCUGGCUAGACCUUAGGAUCCAAGAGACUUGAGGUUGGAAAAGAGGUUCUUCCCUGUUGGGUACUUGGCAGUCUCUCAGCCCCAGAGAGCCUGCGAGGGGACUUAGAGCGCCAUGGCCUGCCUGCCUUUGCCUUUUGAAUAGCCUCAGGACUGGCGUUCCCAGGAGCCCAGAGGAGAGGGGAUGUGAGGGCGCUGCUUAAGUCCUUCAGUGUCAAGUGGAUGGCAGGAUGGGGAAGCUCUGCCUACAGAAUCUUAAUUCCCAUGGUUCUCUGGUGUCCUCAUCCCUGCUGGGUGGCUACAGGACCCUCACAUCACUCCUCCAUCCUGCUCUGAGUCUAGGGCACCCCACCUUUCUCCCACUGCCACAUAUCUCUAACCCUUAUCUCAUGGAGCAUGUGGCCAGGUGAGUGGAGCAGAGAGACUGAAGGAAAGCCUUUGAGGUCCAGGGAAGUGUAGGACUGCCCGGAUUUCAGGGCUGUUCCUGGAGUAGAGAUUGCAUUGUAGGAUAGGGUUGGUCACAUGGCCGGUUUUAUGUUCCAUCUGACUUGCCAAGGGGAUGCUGCGCCUUUUCUUAAGCCAUGAGCUGGCUCAGGCCCCCUCCCCUAGAGCUUUUUCAGAGUAUUUAUUUAUUUAUUUCAUGGUUCCUGAGAGCAUGCAGCACAGGGUAGGAUGAAGAAGACGAGGGGCUUCUGCCUGAGACCCUUCCACAGUCAUGGACUGCCCUUGGAGCUGAUCUUCAGGAACUGUUUCUGCUGCCCAGUCAUGGGCGUGGUGCCCACACCUGAACCAUCUGAAGUCCUCCUUGCUGAUAGGCCACACACACAGCAGUAGAGCACUGAGGGUUUGGCAGUGGGGACCAAGCAGUUGAGGUGUACUCUUUUGUCCUGAUGAGAGAUGCUCACCUCUGCGUAUUUAUACUGUAGAGCAGUAGACAGGAACUCUGUGGAGAAUUGUCAAUAAAAGGCCCCAUGCUUAUGGUUUUGCCAGGUC